CUGGGCAUGGUCAUGGCCAGCACCAGCGUCGCCGUGAUGGGCUCCUUUGCCUUCGGCGUCGCGAUUGGGUACUCGGCACCGACUGAGGCCGGGAUCAGACAGGACCUGCAGCUCACCCUCUCCCAGUACUCGGUUUUCGGGUCGAUACUAACAAUCGGGGCGAUGAUCGGAGCGGUUGCGAGCGGGUACAUUGCCGACGUUGCUGGACGAAAAGGGGCGAUGAGGGCUUCUGCUCUUUUUUGCGUUGUCGGAUGGCUGGCCAUCUUUCUUGCACAAAGUGCUGCUUCGCUUGAUUUUGGGAGAUUCUGCACCGGAUUUGGCGUCGGAGUGUUUUCGUAUGUGGUACCGGUUUUCAUCGCAGAAAUAGCUCCCAAGGCUCUUCGCGGGGUGCUUACAGCUCUAAACCAACUGCUGGUAUGCACUGGAUUAUCCGUGACGUAUAUCGUCGGCACGAUGGUGUCCUGGCGCACGCUGGCCACAGCUGGACUUGUUCCAUGCAUAAUUCUCAUAGUUGGUCUCUUCUUCAUUCCUGAAUCCCCACGGUGGCUGGCAAAGGUUGGCCGGCAGAAGGAGUUUGAAAUAGCACUCCAACGCCUCCGUGGAAAAAACGCAGACGUGUUCGUUGAAGCUGAAGAGAUCAAGGAAUUCAUCGAAUCUAUUGAAAGUCUUCCAAAGGCUGGAAUUCAGGAUCUUUUCAGAAGGUCCUACAUCCGUCCUGUCAUUAUCGGCGUCGGUCUAAUGGUUUUCCAGCAGUUUGUAGGGAUAAACGGGAUCCUGUUCUUUGCCAGUGAAACUUUUGUAUCAGCUGGAUUCCCUUCAGGAAACCUAGGAACAAUCUUAAUGGGUUGUAUCCAGGCACCAAUCACAGCACUUGGAGCUCUACUGAUGGACAGGAGUGGGAGAAGGCCACUAUUGUUGAUUUCAACAUCUGGACUCCUAGUGGGAUCUCUUAUGUCAGGAAUAUCAUUCUAUCUUAAGAUUCAUGGGAUAUUCUCCAAGCAGGUCCCGAUCAUCGCACUCACCGGCAUAUUGGUCUACAUCGCAAGCUUUUCACUAGGGAUGGGUUCAGUUCCUUGGGUCAUAAUGUCAGAGAUAUUCCCCAUAAAUAUGAAAGGGAUUGGCGGAAGCUUCGUGACUCUGGUGAACUGGUCCAGUUCAUUGGCAGUUUCUUUCGCCUUCAACUUUCUCAUGAGCUGGAGUUCUUCAGGAACAUUCUUCUUCUUCGCCUUUGUUUGUGCCAUGGCCAUUCUGUUCAUUGUGAAGAUCGUGCCGGAGACAAAAGGCAAGACCUUGGAAGAGAUUCAGGCUUCGAUAAACUGCCGCACAUGA